AUGUCGAAGCAACUGAGAAGAGCAACCACCAAAAAUGACGAUAGUUUCGAAAUGAAAAUAAAUAAUUUAAGAAACGUAUUAGCCGAAGCUGAGGACGACAUAAUGCGAGGUACUGCCAACAAAUUGCGUGAUAAUAUCGUUAAAAUGAGAGAGAAAUUUGCAUGCGAGAAAAAACGCUUUAAUAAUGAAAUUCAACGAUUGAAAAGACGAGUUAAAGAAGCCGAAGAAAAACGAUGGUAUAGUAACGGUCAAAUUCAGACGAUAGGUCAAUUAAAAUCGAAAUUAAAAGAAUUUGUUAACGGCGAUCGUACGAUGGAAAUUAUUAUUAAACAUAUCGUAGAAAGAAUGGCUACAACUGUGCCAAAUCUUUCGGAGGAAUUGGUUAAUGCUAAUGAAGACCUCUACAAAUCGAAUUGCGAGAACGCACAACUGCGUUACGAGAUCGACAAAAUCAAAGCAAUGUUACGAAUACAGACUGGAGAUCCUGAAAAUUAUCGUAAAAGAAUAAUUGAAUUUAAAACUAUUCUGCGAGGAUUGAAAAAAAACGUAUGUUUCAUGAAGAAAAAUCUUGACGAUAGUUCUUAUAAUGAUACUUUCGAUUUUGAGAAUUACGUCAAAGCUAUUAAAAAGAUCGAUAUGACGAUUAAUGAAUUGAGGAACAAACUAAGAAACGAUCGACGUGCACUUAUAACUACUGGCAAUCCUAAUCGUUUCCGUUAUUUAACGAAGAUCGUCGAAGUUCGAUUAAUUUUGAAACAGUUGCACGAGGAACUGGAAAAUUCUUUAACUCUGGCAGAGAAAUAUAAAGACGAUGAGAAUGAGAAAACAAAGAAAGGUUACGUUGAAAGGGUUGAAAUUUUGGAGAAAAUAAUCGAACAAACGAAUAUCGAACUUAGUAGCUUAAAAAUUGAGCCUGUAGCUAACUGUAAACUCAGUGGUACAAGCUGUCUCGAGUACUUGAAGAAAGUAACAGCGUUGAAUGAGACGCUGAAAAGAUACAAAGAAAAGAUCAACGAAUUAGAUAAGAAUCUAAAUGAAGAUAACUCACGAACGUCUCGUUCGAUGACUCUCGAAGAAUUGAGAAAACUCAUCAACGAAUUGUAUUAUCAAUCGAGAGAUUUAGAAAGUGUCGUUUAUUCUGGUAACCAGACGAAAUUGUUCGGAAGAAUCGAAGAAUUGGAAGAAUUGUUGGUCAAGUCAAAAGUCGAAUUAUCGAAUAAAAUGAGAGGGAUGAGUGUAUUAGAGAAGAAACUCGAAUGCAGUAAAAAGGAAUUGGACGAAACGAGAGAGAAAAACAUGAAGCUUAGCAAGGAAAUCGACGAAUUCGAAAAGGAUUCUAGAAAUCGAUCGGAAGAAAUUCGACGAAUGAAAGCCGAAUUGAAUAGCUUGACAACACAGUUACAGACUCUACGAAACGAUAAAAAGAACUUGUACACGGAAACGGAAAAAAUGAAUAAACUGUUGAUGGAAAGAAACGAAGAAUUAUCUAAGAUUCGUACUACGAAAUUAAAACUAGAAAAAAGUUUGGAAACAACCUCGAAACAAUUGAACGAAGAAUCGAAGAAGUCAAUGAGAACAUUGACGGAAAGAGAAAGACAAUUACAAAGUGAAUUGAAUGAAGCAACGCUAGAAAGUAAAGUUGAUUGUUACGAUAAAGAAAAUAAUAAACUUAAGGCUGAGAUCUUGGAGUUAGAAGCCGUAGGAAAGACAGUUAAAACAACGAUGGACGAGUUGAAUAAGAAAAAUAACUCGCUUUUGGAGCAAGUGGCAAAAUUCCAAAUAAUUCAAUCGUCGUUGGAGGAGGAAGCGAACAAUUGGAAAAAACGCUCGAACGAGUUUGCAAGUGUGCUUGAAAGAAUCAACGAGAAGCUAAGAGAUCUUCGAACAAAAAAUUUAACGCUCAGCGACGAUUUAAGUGGUUUGACUAUGAAGAAUAACGAAACGGAAGCUCUACUACGCGUUAUCUCGACGGAAAAGAAUCACCUGAUGACGCGUACGAAGGAACUCAAUGAGGAAAACUUCUCAUUGAAGGAUUGCCUGAAUAAAACGAGAACGGAACGAGAAUAUCUUUCCGUCGAAUUGAAUAAAUUAAAAAUCGAAUUUGACGAAACGAAAUCAAACAAUUCCGAGCUUAAGAGAACAAUCGAAGAAUUGCAAGGAAAUUACAAUAAAGUGAAAAACGAAUACAGAAUACUUGAUAAUCGUGCGAGAAAUCUACUAGUUAGCAACGAAGCUUUGCGUUCGGAGAACGAUGAAUUGAAGGCUCGUUCAAACGAGUUCCUCAAACGAUUACAAAACUUGGAAUUUAACGAUGAAAACGAUAUUAGAUUGUACGAAAACGAAGAGACGGAGAACAGAAAAGCGAUGGAAUGUGAAAAAUCUAGUGAUAAAAUCAAGAUCAAGGGCAAAUUAAAGAAUAAAAACGAUACGAAAAAAUUAAAACUUGCUAACGAAAGUUUAAAAUUUCAAUUGACCAAUUUAAAAACUGAAAAUAUGGAAAUCAAACUCGAAUUGGCACGAAUCAAAGACCAUUUAGGAAAAGACAAACGGUCGGAUCAGUUAGAAAUUACGGAAUUUCGAAACGUUUAUAUGAAAAGUCAAAAAAACGAAACGUGGUCUCCGCGAAUCGAGCAAAAUUGUCGACAAAUUGUAUUGUCAAACGAAACUAAUAACGAAACUCUGAACUCUGAUCUGGAAUUAAGAGAGAAGUUUGAUACAUUGACUAAUAUUCUCUCGAAAAUGAGGAUUGUUAACGGCGCUUUGAAAACUGAAAUAGAUAUUUUGCGAGAUAGCAUGCACGCUGCGAUCACCGAUAAAGAGAAAACCGUUAGUGAGCUUCGCCGAGCUUUCGAUGAAUUAAAAGCUCUUAAAGUCGAAUUGAUAAAGCUCAGGAACGAGAAGCAAACGCUCGGAAUACGAUUGGACGAAGCUAAACAAGAAGUGGAUAACUUAAAAAUUGAAAAAAUCGCUUUGAAAGACGAACUUACACUCCUCAGAAAAACGAACUUUGAUCUUAGAACGAAAAUUGGCGAUUUACAGAAUUCUUAUGUGAAACUUAAAACUCUAGACUCGAAAUUGGAAAGUAAAUUGGUAGGGACGUUAAAGAAUGUGAGUAAAUAUACCGUUUCGGUUGAUAAUUCACAUGAAUUUGAAAACUUACUAAAUGGUAUUCUGAAGGAUUACACGUCGAUGAAAGAAUCUUUGGGUAUUGUCAAUUUUAAAUUCGAUGAUUGUAAAUUCGCUCAAGGAGAAAUUCAACGUAAAAAUAUGGAUUAA